AUGGAGUGUAGAGCUAAAGUGGUAAUUCUAGGGAGCUGCAGCUCGGGGAAAACAAGUUUGGCUAAAAAGUUUGUAAACGGAGGAUUUGAUCCGAACCAGCCAGCAACCAUUGGAGCAGCCUUCCAGACAAAGCAAAUAGAUAGGGACGGCGUAGCCAUUCAUCUUGACCUGUGGGACACUGCAGGACAAGAGAGGUACGGGGCAAUAGCUCCCUUGUACUACAGGGAUGCCAACACUAUUUUGGUGGUGUACGAUAUUACCGAUAAGCUUAGCAUAAAAAUUGCGCAGCAGUGGUGCUCGGAAGUAAGAGUGAAAAACAAAACAGCAUCACUAAUUGCCUUUGGGAAUAAAACUGAUCUGCUUUUUAAGACAAAUGAGUCAACAUCGUUUGUGAACAAGGGGUUCUCAGAUGCAGGGAUGGUCCAUCGGCUCAGAGAGAUCUCGGAGAUCACUCAGAAAUAUUUUGAGUCUUUUGAGAUUGACCACUUCACUGGGUCUGCAAAGACGGGAGAGGGUGUGGGCGCGUUGUUCAAACAUAUCUCCAAUAAGACCACGUACAGCGAAAGAAUAACAGCUGUACCUGACGUGUGGUGCUGUUUUUAA